AGAUUUAUCCCCGAGUCAGCAGGUGGAGCUUCUCCGCCUUUCCGCCUUUUGCAGAAGCAGCGACAGCAACGUCUUCUUCUUCGGCCGAGUAGAGAAGAGCAGCAAAGCACACCAGAUCAUAGCAAGACUAGAGCAACAGCAGCCGCAGCAGUAGCAAGAGCAGUAGCAAUAGCAGUCACGCUCGAAGAGAAGCAUGCCAGUCGAUGCUCCGCCGCAAGCUCUCAUCAAUCAUGGCCGGUUGCUGCUUCUGACGCAGUACUCUUCCCGCCUGCCACCCCGCUCACCGCGCUUCCUCUGGCCUCCGCCUCGGCUUCUCUUGCAUAUCCAGCCUUUUCUGGCAGCUGAUCUGCUCGGCUUAGACGACGACGGGGAAGAGACAGGUGAUGCGACGCACCGAGCUGAGGUGGCAUAUCAGAAGAGCUUUCUCAAGGAGCUCAUCAAACGGAUUGAGGAAGCUAUACAAAGGGCAAUCGAGGAUGGAGCGGAGCGGGAUGACUGGGAAGUGGAAGAUCUCUUGUUGUCUCACUAUGCCGACCUCAUGGCAAUGCCGUCUACUUCUUCGGGCGCUGCUGUCGGUGGCAGCGACCCAAUGGAGAGUCUUUCAGCUGCUCUGCCGUAUACCAAUCAUUCCACCCCUUUGGAACGACAUCUCUCCUACUACUACCCAUUGCGGCAUCCCCAAGAACACGGAGCACACAAAGAUUUGAUAUCUGGCUGGGAUCAAGUACAUCUCUACGAGUCAUCAGCUCUGGUCGGAGCAGGGACCACCGCUCUCAAGACGUGGGAGGCCUCGCUCCGGCUAGCUUCACACGUCCUCUGCAACAAAUCCGAAUUCACUGCGCCUGGUGCAAGGGUUUUGGAGCUGGGAAGUGGGACGGGCUUGCUGAGCGUUGUGGUUGCGGCUGUUCAGAGAGAGGCAGGCAAAGGUGGCAGACUGUGUGCCACAGACUUGCCAAGCAUUGUGAGGGGGAAGUUGAAGAAGACUUUCGAGCAUAACGAUGUGACCACAUCAACCACAGCAGACACAGACGUCCAACUGCUCGAUCUAGACUGGGUGGAGCUCGAGCAUGAAGUCAAGGAGGGCAAAAGCCAAGACGACCCGUCCUCAGCCAGCAAUGGUCAAGCAUCGCCUACUCAAGCCCUGGCGGCCUUCGCCCCAAAUCUGAUUUUAGGCGCAGACAUCAUCUUUGAUCCUUCCAUCAUCAGCCCUUUAGUGACCACUAUCAAAUGUGCCCUGGAAGCUGGAGCAGCAAAGAGUAGGGCACCUUCUCCUCAGGCUCUCGUCGCCAGCACGGUGCGCAAUGUGUCGACUUACUCCCGCUUCCUGGCAUUGCUCGACGCGGCCGGUCUAGUGUCUGAAGAGGUCGAAUUGCAGAGGUGUGUGGUCGAAGCGCCAACCUACGGCCAGCUACCAGAACGGACGCCUCCCAUCGUGGCUUUCUCAUCAGGUCACGACGAGCAACGUGAGGGUACCGUCAAGGGUCUGAGGAUCCGCCUGCCCUCAUAGGACGCGACGAUUCGGCACAAAAACGGGACAAAGGCAGGCGGACCGGCACGCGUCUCUCGCGCCUUGACUUCGCGGGGCGUCCACUUUACACGACACCAGGUUCAAACUCCGUUCGUGUCGCGACUGGAAUUGCUUCCCCUUUAGAAGAAGGGGCCUUCCUGGUUCUCUUGCUGCUCUUCCCUGCAUCCCAUAGCCAUCACC